AGGCGCUAGGAGCGAACUCGUCGCUUAAACAAACAACAACUGACCAUCACUCGAUCUGGAUGUUCCCCCGGAGGACACAAGAACCCGCGUUGCAUUCGAUGAGCUUGCACUGCCUCGAUUGUGGACAUGGCUGCGAUACCAAAACGGCCUUUUCCUCUUUGGUUCCAUGUCCCUUUUCGGACCAACCCAACUUGAACCUCCUUGGUUGUCUCGAUCCAAGACAAACCUCCUGAACCGUUUCAAGAACUAGUCUAUACCCAGACAAAAGUGCAGACACCAUGCAUACCGCCCGCCAUUGGCAGUCCCAGCGGGCGCUCAGGGGAGUUUCAGCCUUUGCUAUUAUAAGGGACUGGCUCUAUCUAGCCUUGCCGGCCCCAUCCACGUUUCCACGCGGUUCACAUCUUUAGCAGCUUGCGACUUCGAGUGGCGCGCGCUACCCGUCUGCUCGCCUUCAGAAUGUCUUGAAUCUAAGCUUGGUACGACGAGAACCGACGACGGCAGUCGGGCUGGUAAGUGGUGAAUGUGUCUCCUGUUGCACCGAGUUUCUGAAGUCGGUUGCGGUGCUUCAAGUACAAAAGUUGCCAUGUUUCCUGUCAAGUUGGUGUCUUCUUGUGCUGUCCAUCCUCCAUCAUCAUCCCCGUCCUCUCGUUUUUGUUAUACAGUCUCUCGUUUUUCUUUGUCCAGUGUCUCGUUACUGCAAGGACAGUACUCUCGUUUGAUCGCACAUAUCAUUAAUCAGCGUCAUCACCAUGAAACCUGCAUUGACUGCCGGUCUCGUGGCCUCUGCGUUGCUUUUGCAGCAGGCUGCGGCAACCAGCUGGGGUGACGCACCAUCCUUUCCCUGCCCUGCCAACACCAACAACACCUGCUCUUCUUCCCAACAACGAGGAUUCGACUGGUCCGAUCUUCAAAUCGGUGGUUUCAACAGCUACGGUGGCUUCAGCUUCAGUGGUUUCACCUGCCAGGAUUCUUUCAAGCCAAACAACAAAAGAUCGCUUCAGGCCCGUACCGGCUUCCAGUCCAAAUGCAUUCAAGGAAAAGUCAGCAAGUCAGGCGGUAGCGGUCCUUCGUUUUCUUGUGGACAGGAUGACAAGUUCUCCAUCACCCAUCUGGAUGUCUCGGUUUCAUUUGACACUGAUUUGGAUUUCAUCUUCUCUAUGCCUGAUGGGUCGACUUGUAAGCAUACCACGCCCUGUUCGGCUGGUGGCACGACGGUGCAGAACACCCAGUGCGGCGGAGCCAAGUCGGUCACCAUGCAAUUGCCUCCCAGUAGUGGAAAGAAGGAUUGUGAUAUCGGCAUCCAUUCCAUCGGCUUCGACUGCAAACCCGGAACCACCACUUCGACCUCGGCCACGACAUCGGCCACUACCACCACCUCUGCGUCUUCGGUUGGCACUACUACCGCCGUCACCACGACGGCUGCCACCACGACCACGGCAUCUGUAGAAACCACCACCAGCCAAACUGGGACCAGGGAGACGGGCACCAUCACCACUGGUACGACUGCGACCACAACCAGUGCAACAGGCAGCGUCACAACGACCAACGGCGAAAAGACCGGUGGAACGACGACCACCACGGCCGCAACAAGCGGCACUGAGACGACAACUGCAACCACAGGAACCGAGACCGAUGUCAUUACGACGGCAUUCGUGGUGACGACGCUCACCACAUGUCCAGUGACAUUGACACACACCACCGGCACGCAGACGUCGAUCGAGACCACAAACACCAUCUCGACCGUGACCAUCACAUCCACGUCCACCGUCUGCACCAAAUGCAAGACUGCGCCGCCGACCACAUUGACAUCGGCUACUGUGCCGACUACUACGGCGACGGAAACCGACACGAGAACGCCUGGGUCCGAGACUGUGCCGACGACGGCGACGACGGAAACGCAAACGCAAACUUCGGGUACCUCAGAGACCGUUGUACCAACGACAUCGACCACCCCGUCUACUGCUACUGCUUCUUCGGUCCCGCCAACGACUGGCACCUCUACCUCUACCGAAACCAGCACAGCCGUGUCCCCACCUCCAUUUGAAUCAUCAGCACCCUGCCCACCCGUCCUGCCCAGCUGCAUGAACACCUGGCUCAGUCUCGUGCCUCACUGUUCGUCCAACAGCGACGUGAGCUGCUUCUGCCCCAGCUCCGACUUCAUCUCGAACGUGCAGCAAUGCGUGUCUUCGUGGGGUGGCGACGACCAAGUCAUCACCGCAGCCCUGUCGUACCUGGCAGGCAUCUGCGCCGACUUUGUGCCGCAAAACCCAGGCAUUUGCACCGGUGUCCCUUCCACCAUUACACUGGUUCCUACUCCUCCGCAGACGGUUACUGAGACUGCUACAAACGGUAACGGUCGUGGUCCAAGGCCAUCUGUUCCGGUCACAAGUGCACCAGUCACCACUGUGACGUUUACCCAGACCGCUUCCGGGUCGGUGAUUACUACGGCUGUUACUGUGCCGCAGGUCUCGUUUGUCACUGUUACUGCUGUUCCUACUGGUGCAGCGGGUGCAACUGGUGGUGUAAGUCGAGCUCCCCCUGCUGCUGCCAGUGUGGGCCUGGUUCCGGCGCCGAAUGUCCCUGCCACGGCUACUGCUACUGCUACUGCUACUGCUACUGCUGCUGCCGGCGGUAACGGUAGUGGUAAUGGUGCUGGUGCCGGUGCUGGUGCUGGAGCUGGAGCUGGAGCUGGAGCUGCCGGUUCUACUACUCCCGCUGCCAUCGCCAAUACAACUCCUAGCCAGACGACCUCUGGAGUCGCUGUGGCGACUUUCACUGGCGCUGCUGCGUCGACCAUGGCACUUGGGUCCGGUGCCCUUGCGGGUCUCAUGGGCCUGGUUGCUUUCUUGGUUUGAUUCUGACCCUGAGUAAGGAGGAACUGAUCCACGGUGAAAGGAAAAGUGUAUCGGUACCGAGAAUUGUGUGAAGGGAAGGGAAAGUCGAAGAAAUCACAGCUGGAUGUUGCAACAGACAAGAACGAAACGGAACAGAACAAAAGAGAAGAGAAGAGACAGACAUACAACAUGUAAUAAUGAUCCUGAUUACCGGGAGGGGAUAGUGGUGAAGUAUGUCUGUCUGUGGAAAAUGUACUGUAUAAAGGUGAACUGAACCGGACCAGGGAGGGGAUGGAAGUAAUAAGAUUCACAUACAAUACUACAUCUAUGUGAUAUUUUCUAUUUCUAUUUCAGAGGUAGUAUAUUAUUGUUCAUUCGAAUAGAUUGAGUGUUAUGAUAUGUACCCAGCGGAUCGUUUCUAUCCUCGUUGGCAAGCAAGGCCAGGAUCCUGCCCGAGGUGAUGUUGGUUGUAAGAGAUUGGGAACCUCAAUGGAUUGUGGCGCAUCAUCCGC